AUGCCGACAAAUCCGGCCGACUUUUUAAGAGAUGCUCACGUCUUCUCAAACAUCGGUAGACCACGCGGAGUGUCUCAGCAACCCGAACAUCGCCCAAUGCCUCCCAGCUCAGAGGCUCCCGUUAGCCCGCAGAAGCCAGGUGGAAAGAAGUCGACUCCGAGUCAGCCAAAGAAGCCGGCCUCUGGUGGAACACGCAAGGCCUCUCAGCAGACUGAGCAAAAGGCUUUGCCUCACAGCUCGAAGGCCCCUGUCAACCCGCGAAAGCCAGAAGAAAAACAAGUGCCUUCGAACCAGUCAAAGCCUGAAUCGAAAAGGAAACAACAGGCACAACUGGACAAGAAAAAACUCCAGCCAGCAAAAGAGCAGCCCAAGAGUCCCUCUGCUCACCAGAGUAUCCAAAGUGUGUCUCAGCCCCCCGGAGCUUCUGAAGGCGGCAAAGGCCCACCUCCCCAGCGCCCUCCUAAAGCCCAAGCUUCCUCGUCUGAGAGAAAGGCCCCCAAGGUCGCGUCGGUUACGAAGGCAGCGCCAACCCCUAAGGCCCCGACUGGUAUUCUCUUGGACCUUGGAGAUUUUGAACCCAAUACCCCUCCGACUAUUGGGUCUAUUGAUGCGAUUGCUAGCAGUCUGAUGAGCCCAUCUGCACAGCAGCUUGAAGGACUCGAGUUCCUGGAAGGAGUAAAGACCAAGAAACAAUACAUUGAUGAACUCAUUGAUCAGUACGAUGGUCAACUCAUUGAUGAGCAAACGGGCCAGCCGUUGUCUAAGGCCCAAUUUGCUGCCGCUCUUAGGCAUGCUUUUGGGAAUGUCAACGUCCGAGAGCCUACAUCACAGGAGCCAGUCCAUGCGCAUGCUCAAAUCCUGCAACCCGAAACGCCGGUGAAAGAACAAUCUCACCGAGGUAAGAAACCCAAAAGGGUAUCCUUCCAAGAUGAGGAUGAAGUUAUUAACUUCACACGCAAAGGAGGUCCUCAUACCCCUGUUUCCAGCCCACGAGCCCUGUCAAACGGCAGCUUUUCUGAGUACCGAUCUCCAGCCAACAUCUCAUCAUCUGGUGACGAGGCUGCAGGAUAUGCUGUGGACGAUAAUCUCUCUCCCAAGAAAUCAAGCCCAGAGCACUUGGCGCCGCAAUUGGAACUUUUGUCGAUCUCGGACCCUCUUCCAGGAUUGGGUUCGAAGAGACACCGGUCUGGGUCCAGCUCCGAUAUUGGCCCUUCGAAAUCAGGUAAAUUGCCAUCGCGUUUGAGCGACAUUGGAUCUAGAGAACGAGAGGGACUAACGAAGAGAAUCCUGAGUGAAGAGAUUCUCUCGAAAAUCCCCAGCAAGCUCAGAUCUCACGAAGGCAAGAGACAUCAGAUUGGAUUCGAAUCCUCAAGCACAGGUAAGACAGCCAAACUGGUUCUUGAAUGCCGCAAGGACAAAAAGAAGAAAGUUUGGAGCCAAAGGCUUGGAGUUGACAAGACACGUGCAGCAGGAACACCCGAGCCCAUCCGUGUUCGUUCAACUACUCCCGGUAGGGCCGACGAGGCCGUGUCGUUACUGGAUGAGAUGAAGCCGCUGGAUACGAUGAUGGGUCAAUACAAGGCCAAACAUAAGGAGAUAAUCUCCUCGAUCAGUGGUGAUGACGCGUCGAGUGUUUCUACUACAGGUAAGCUUGAUGUGGCCGUUCACACGCCCCCACGCUCGAAACUUGAUCCUUGUGCGUUUUUCUUUUCUCCCCACUCAGUGAACAGUUGUCUAACUGAAGAAGUGUCAGCGAGUGGUUCUCCAUCGAUGCGUCUGGCGCGAGUUCGAAAUGUGUUUGCUGUCGGCGAGACGCUCGAAAAGUACAGGGAGGCUCAUAAGAACCUGGUUAGUUCGGGCACCUCUGAGACCGUCCCUGAAGGGCACCGCGCCUCGACUGCUGCUCAUUCCUCCCUCGACAUGAACCUUGAGCCAGUUCUCUCGCGACGCUCUGGGAAUGAAGUUACUGGAGGUCAAUUAGAGCGAUUCGAAGACUUCAUGAAGAGACACAUAUCUGCAUCGACCAUCUCUGAGAAACAACCCUCCCCCGCACCACCAACGCCCCUCACUCUGGGGGUGCAAUCCAUUGACCGCGGAAACUUCGACAUGGCGCCUAUGAAUGAUCCUAUGGAGAUCGACUUCAUCACGAAACCGAAUUCCCGUGCUCAGAGCAGGGCCAUCACCCCAGGUCUGCAAACAAGCAUUUAUGCUACUGAUUCUGGUCGUGAGAGUGCUAAGCCUUCCGUGACUCCUACCAAGAGAACGUCAAUGGGAACAAUGGGUACGAACCCAAUCACCGAGGUAUUACACACCCCUGCAUUUGAAGUCCCUGUCUCUGUGGACCCUGCCUUUGUGGAAAGGCUCGUGGAGACACAGGCAAAGAUCAUGGAAAAACUUACUAACACGGCUGAGAUAAAGGGUCCAAAUGUUUUCGAUACCCAGUUAGGCAUGGGCCCUUCGAUGGGCAAGAAGGCGAAGCCCACUGCCCCGGAAACUGGCACCGACACGCCAAAAUGGCCAACUGUUCUGGGCGUCCCGUCUGGCAUGCGCCCUACGAUGGAAAAGCUAAUGAAGGCCGCUGACCCUGACACUAACGCUGAGAAGCCGAAGGGUCCAUUUGCUGUCAGUUUCCAGUCUGGCCCGCGUCGUCCUCCCAUGGACACAAAGAUCACGCCCGCCGGCACUGGUGCUGAACAGCCCAAGAUUCUGACCGUCCUCGGAGUCCAGUCCGGCAUGUGCCAUUCCUCAAUGGACACGAAGGUCAAGUCCACCGACGCUGACGAUGACAAGCCCAAGCGUCCGAUGGUCCUGGGCCCUCGGCCCUACCUUCCUAACCGUGGCCUGUGA